AAUUAGGGGUUGGUAACCAAUUAUAAAGGAAACAAAGCAACGAGAAGCAGCGUGCAUAGCACGUGACCGUAACAUAAACCCAUCUCCUUAUCUUUCUACAUUUUAUCCACUUUUAUUUAAUUAUGCUUUUCUAUUUAUAUUCCACGUCACAUCAUAAUUUCAAUGCACUCGCACAUCGUCCCCAGCAGAGCACCCCACCUAAGUGAGGACUACAAGUGGCCCAGAAGAAGUGGUAAACUUUAGAGUACCUUUCAUGCGGUACACUUUUAAUAAUUAUUGCCGGUUUUCCUGGUGACUUGGCACCACUUGGUCGAACAUAUAUAAAAAUGUCCAAUAAUUUGGUUUUUUUUUUUUUACCCACUUGGCUACCUCGCUUGCUUGUGGCUGAGAUAGGAGAUCGGCAGCAUGACCCGCUAGGGUAGGAAACGGGUAACGAUGUGUACGAUGAGGAAUCUAGUGGUUGGUGCACAAAUCUAUGGAGGGAUUUGAUCGAGCAAUUUUGUCGGCUUCUUCCACGCCAAAUACACGUCAGUCAUGCGUCGGAUGCAACAUGGAACGGUAUCGAUCUUUGUUAUGUGGUACACGAGGGGACAAUAACAUAAGAUGUGGUACCAAUUUCUCUGUCUGCUUCAAACAUGGAUGAUCUUUACGUCUCAUUUAAAACAUGGAAAUCACUUCCACGUCACAUAAUCAUCACAUUUCUCGUAUAUAUAUAUAUAUAUUUCUGAUGGAAUGAUGUGAAUAGUCACUCAUGGUGAUUAGACAGAUGAUAUGAUAUGAUAUCGUGCUCAUAUUGAUGUGUCAUUGGAAUGUGGAUCUAUAUCUCAUGUUCCAUUGUAGUCUUGAGCAAGAAUGAAGUUUGAUGACAUGGUUGUAUUGUGGGAAGAAGUCGUGGCAUACAAGCAAAGCAUUGCUGUGGAUAACGCUGUGGAAGAUGCUUUCUUCCUUCUUUCCAGUUGCAUGGGAACGAACAUAUGGCAGCGAGCAGCUGAUCAAAGAACUCUGGGUGGAAAUGACGAGGCCCGGCGACUACCUCAGCUCCUAAAAGCUCAACCACUUCAGGGCUUAAAUGUGACUGUGAAGGAAAGAGGGGAGAAUAAAGAGCACUUGGAUAAGGGGACGAGCAUAAGCCACUCGGGGAAGGGAAGUGGUGCAGGGAAAGGAGGUGGGAAGGGCGCCGGCGGUGGCUCACAGACGCUCCGCCAACCAAGGGACCAGCGAAACAGCUCGGCGUCCAGCUGGCGGUGGCCGCGGUCCUCUCUCACUUUACUCGUCGGUGGGUUGCUCCUCCUCUUCCUGCACUCCUGCGGUUGAAGUCGAACAAGACGAUGAUGACGAUGAUGCUGACGAGAGUGCUUGUUGUCAUGCAGGCUGUAAUGUCAUUCAACAGUUCUUGUCGAAAUAAAUCCUAUGAUUAAAGGCAUAGCCUGGAUCAUAGUGGAUGG